GUCCCGCGUGUCCAACAGACUGACCUCGCUCUUCUAUCCUCACUCCUCUCUCAUGCCCCUCUCUUCAACUUACAAACCUCUCUUCUGGCUCAUCCUCGCCACAGCAGUAAUCUUUACAUUCACAAGCACGCCGCCGUCGUCGUCAUCAUCCCCCGCAUCCGCACCGCCCAACUUCGCCGCCAUGGCCACCAACACUGCCGCACCAUACACGACGACCUUUCUCCACGUAUCCGGCGAGAACCGCGUCGAGCGCACCGCCGAGCUGGCGGACGUGACGCUCAAGACCAAGGUCGAGGGGUACGACCAGGCCGAGGUGCUGCGCGCGUUCAAGGCCGCGUCGGGCGACCUGCUCGACAGCAUCGCGUCGAUCGCGCCGGAGAAGACUGCGCUCGCCGCCGGGUCUGCCGUUGACGCCGAGUGGCCAGUCAAGCACCAGGACAAGCCGGUUGUACGGUACUCCACUGGCAGGCUGUCGACCUACUCGUGGGCCGAGUCUUCGGGCAAGGCCAUCAGCAGCAAGGGCUCGCUGUUUGGCUCGACCCCCGACCCCAACGCCAAGCGGAGACACUUUGCUGAGCAGGUGGUCACGGUCACGUUCCACGACUUUGCCUCGCUCGAGGUGUUUGUGACCAAGGCACUGGCCAAGAAGCACGUCGAGUUUGUCAACAUCUCCUGGCGGCUGUCGCGCGUGACACGCAAGGCGCUCCAGUCGACAGUGUACGCCGCGGCCGUCCUCGACGCCAAGGAGCGCGCCCUCGACAUCCUUGCGCCGCUGUCCGACGCGCCGCCGCGCCUCAAGGCCGUGGAAGUGCACGACAGCUCGGCCGGCGUCGGCGGCAACGUCCAGGCGUACGCUACGCGCGAAGCCAUGUUCGGCGCGUCGAGCAGCAAGGUCGACGACAGCAGGAUCAGCUUUGUGCCCGAGCCGAUCGGGCACAGCGUCACGUUGCAGGUCAAGUGGGUGGUGCUCGAGUAGCGCAGCAGUGAGGGGCGCGCGGUUGGUUCUCGUGACGUGGAGGGGGGGUGGCGCCGUGCACUGAGGUUCCGAGAAGCAGUUUGCAUAUAGCGCGAGCGUAACAUACACAAGUUUCUACAAGAGCAUCGUUGAUAGCAGCAGUCGAUAGUCGUUGUGCAUACAAGUACAGGUAG